AUGGCGCUGAAGACGGCUUUGGCCUUGUCUCUGCUGGCAUUCCAAGCCCAUGCCGUACAGCCUGGUGCGCCCAAACCUCUUGCUGCUCCUCUCCGCGACCUCGAAUUCGGACAAAUCAACUUCCUCCACACUACGGACACUCAUGGCUGGCAUGCGGGACAUCUUCUUGAACCUUCGUUCAGUGCGGAUUGGGGCGAUUACGUUGACUUUGCCGACAGGCUGAGAGAGAAGCUAGAGGCAGAGGGGAAAGAUCUGUUGAUAAUAGACACCGGUGACCGCAUCGAGGGAAAUGGCUUGUACGAUGCUUCAGACCCCAAAGGUCUGUUCACGUUCGAUAUCUUUCGUGAGCAACAUAUGGACGUUCUAUGCUCUGGAAACCAUGAGCUGUACAAACAGAACUCCUCUGAAAAUGAAUACUUGGUCACUGCCCCUGCCUAUCCCGGCAGCUACCUUGCGUCCAAUCUCGAUAUACACGAUCCUGACACGGGCGAGGUGGUUCCCCUUGCACCCAGGUACAAGAAAUUCAUCACGAAGAAGCAGGGCAUCCGUAUCAUGGCGUUUGGUUUCCUGUUCAACUUCGACCGCAACUACAACAAUACUAUUGUGCAAAGAGUCGAAAAGGCCAUUCAAGAACAAUGGUUUCAGGAUGCGAUCCGUGACCGAGAAAUUGACCUCUUUGUUGUUAUCGGACAUUCGUCCAUUCGAUCCGAAGAGUUCGACAUGAUCUUCCGAGCCAUUCGAUCUGUGCAAUGGGAUGCUCCCAUUCAAUUCUUUGGUGGUCACUUCCACAUUAGAGACUAUCGCAUCUUCGACCGGAAAUCUCAUGCUUUGGCCAGUGGGCGCUUUAUGGAGACCAUCGGUUUCCAGUCUAUCAAUGGCUUAUCGACGAGUGCUAGUCGAGGCAAAUCUCCUACAUUCUUCAGACGCUAUAUUGACAAUAACUUGUAUUCAUUAUAUCAUCAUUCUGGCCAUAAUUCUUCAACCUUCCAUUCCGACCGAGGUAGAAACAUCACGGAAGCAAUCCAUCAAGCGCGACAGGCUCUUGAUCUCGACCAGACAUUCGGUUGCACCUCGCGUGAUCUGUGGAUGAGUCGAGCCCCAUACCCGAGCAAUAACAGCAUCUUCAGCUGGCUAGAGGAGAAGGUGUUCCCGGAGGUGGUCAAUGAUCCUCGACGGCAUGAUCGAGCACGAUUAGUUAUUUCCAAUACCGGUGCUAUUCGAUUUGACAUCUUCAAGGGCGCAUUCACCAAGGACUCGACCUUUAUUAUAUGCCCUUUCACGAGUGGAUUCCAUUACCUCAAGGAUGUCCCUUACAACAGGGCCAAGAAACUCAUUGACCUGCUUAAUCGCGCCGGCGAGAUCUUCGAAAAUGCAGAUCCAGCAUUGGCCAUGUCACAACUGGCUCCAGUCGACCAGAUGGGAAUUCUCCAAGAUAUUGCCGUAGAGGACUCAUUUCCAUCGGGUCAUCAUGGGCACCAGCUUUCCCUCACCGCCAACAAUGCAUUAAUUCCGGGAUACACGACGGUUGAUGAUGCUGGCACCGAUGGUGAUGACACUGUUCAUGCUCCUAUAUCAUUCUACCGAGUGCCCAACUGCAUUCAAUCAACUGUGGGCGUCCAGAACGGCAACGAUGAGGAGGCGAUUGUCGAUGUGGUGUUCAAUGAGUUCAUCCAGCCGUGGAUCUUGUUGGGUUUGAAGUUUCUGGGCCUUGACUAUACAGAUGACGACGUGGAUCAGUAUAUGCCUGAUGACAAUAUGACAACUCUCAUUGCCAAAUGGGUCAGUCAAAAUUGGGCCGAGAAUUGCUGA